GCCAAAGCGGCUGGUAGCUAAAGCAAACAAGCCGAGAUCGACGCGCACACGCCGCGGACGCGCCCAUGGCCAGACCGGCGUGGAGCGCGCUGUUCGGCUGCUUCAGCUCGCACGCGGCGGCCGCCGCCGCCGCCGCCGGCAGCACCAAGAAGAAGAACAACAACAAGAAGAAGAAGACGAAGACGAAGGUUGCGGCGUCGUCGGGGGGCGGCAGCGGCAGCGGGAAGAAGAGCGGCGGGCGUUCGCUGCACAGACGGAUGUCGUUCUCGGACCUGAGCCUGGGCGGGAUGGUGUCGCCGGAGGAUCUGUCGAUAUCGCUGGCGGGCUCCAACCUGCACGUCUUCACCAUCGCGGAGCUCCGGGCCGUGACCAGGGACUUCUCCAUGACCAACUUCAUCGGCGAAGGGGGGUUCGGCCCAGUCUACAAGGGCUACGUCGACGAGAAGGUCAAGCCCGGCCUCCGCGCGCAGCCCGUCGCCGUCAAGCUGCUCGACCUCGAGGGCAACCAGGGACACAACGAAUGGCUGACCGAAGUCAUCUUCCUGGGGCAAUUGAGAAAUCCUCACCUCGUUAAACUGAUCGGUUACUGCUACGAGGAUGAGCACAGGCUUCUCGUCUACGAGUUCAUGACCAGAGGCAGCCUGGAGAAACAUCUCUUCAAAAAAUACGCGGCGUCGUUGCCAUGGUCAACACGUCUGAAGAUCGCCAUCGGUGCCGCCAAAGGGUUGGCGUUUCUCCAUGAAGCCGAGAACCCAGUCAUCUACCGGGACUUCAAGACCUCCAACAUCUUGCUAGACUCGGAUUACAAAGCGAAGCUAUCGGAUUUCGGGCUAGCGAAAGACGGGCCAGAAGAAGACGAGACGCACGUGUCAACACGCGUGAUGGGCACGCAGGGCUACGCUGCGCCGGAGUACAUCAUGACAGGGCACCUGACGGCGAAGAGCGACGUGUACGGGUUCGGCGUGGUGCUGCUGGAGCUGCUGACGGGGCGCAAGUCGGUGGACAAGAGCCGGCCGCCGCGGGAGCAGAACCUGGUGGACUGGGCCAGGCCCUACCUCAACGACCCGCGCCGGCUGGACCGCGUCAUGGACCCGAACCUGGCAGGCCAGUACGCCGGCAGGGCGGCCCAGAAGGCCGCCGCGGUGGCCUACCGCUGCGUGAGCCUCAACCCCAAGUCCCGCCCCCACAUGUCCGCCGUCGUCGAGGCCCUUGAGCCGCUCCUCGCGCUCGAGGACGACGGCCUUGUGGGUCCGUUCGUGUACGUCGCGCCGCCCGACAAUGGCACCGGGGGCAGGGAGGAAGGCCGGCGCAGGAGGCGGUCAGGGGCCGAGAGGAGAAGGUCUCAAGAUGCCGCGGCCGUAGCUGUUGUCGUGGAGCGCGAGUGAUGGGAUUAGCAUAUGCUGGGUUCACUGAUCUGUUUGGUUGCCGUUCUGGAUGGAUUCAAGCAGAGCGAUCCAUUGUGCUCCGUGUUUGGUUUUCCGGCGGCAGCGAGCGAAGUGGCCGUGAGGUGAAUGUACAGUUCAAUUUUCAGGCUCAUUCCGCUCAGCGAAAUCGGAGGAAUCUUGCGACUGCUGCCGGCUCCGCUCCGCUCGGCGACCAAACGUAUCUAUGGUGUGGUGUGUUUGGUUUAGUGCCUAGAAAAAAAUGGGUUGGCCCAACCAGAUUUUAGGAACGUUAAAAAGACGGGGCCAACCGAGGUUUGGUCAGGAAAUUGCUUCAGUAAAACAAAGGUCUUCUUCCCCGCGA